AUGUUCCAACAAACCGACACUGCCAUUGGUAGCAGCACUCCUGUUGCCUGCGGAUCUUCACCUAUGAUCCCCUCUAAAGACAAGCAUUACUCAUCCGAGACAGCAACAGAUGAUUCCUUGUUGCACCUUCUCUCUGUGCCCUUGAUAGUAGUUGAUCCUGAUCGUGUUGUCUCGUCCUCCGCCACGUCGCAAACGGCACAAGCGCCACCGCCAUUUUCCAAUUGGGACGAUGUCGUCGACCUCUUUUACUACACCAACAACACGAUCCCAGAGAUCUCUGUUUCAAGUUCCAAUGAUUCAAUCAUCGAGGCAUCGUCAUCACACGUAGUAGGACCAUCAGAACAGGAGCUCCUCCUUCAUGUUGAUUUCGAGCCAACACCCAUCCACCCAAGACUGACAAACGUGCACAAUAGUACAAAAUCCACCCUCCCCUUUCCACCACUGAAUGGCGUGGCUACGCCUCUAUUUGACUUUCUUGCACUUGACCGCCGAUUCAUUGCACAAGAACUCAAUGAAGCCGGCGGCGUUUCCCCCAACGUACCCGAUCAAGUCAUCUCUCGACAAGUUUUCAUUGGCUCCAAGCGCUCCUUAUUGACCCCAACCGAGGAAUUACUACCCAUUACCAUACGUCCGGCCAAGCGGUCACGCAUUCGUCAGGUAUCCAACAACGACACCAAUGAUGAUGAGACAGCAAGAAGGGUCCCUCACUUUCGAAAUCAUCAAGAAAAGCAAUGGAAAGACCUCUUUGACCAGCUCUUGGAGUUCAAAAAGGAGAAGGGACACUGCCUCGUUCCCCAUACCUUUGACGAAAACCCACCGCUCGCACGAUGGGUCAAGCGCCAACGAUACCAGUACAAGUUGAAGCAAGAGAAGAUGGUUUCCACACUCACAGACGAUCGAAUUUCCCAGUUGGAAAGCGUCGGCUUUGUGUGGGAUUCUCACGCCGUGGCGUGGGAGGAGCAUCGGCUGGAUCUGGUGCAAUUCAAAGCCGCUUUUGGUCAUUGCAAUGUUCCUUCUGCUUACGAGAAGAAUCCAUCUUUGUCCACAUGGGUGAAGCGCCAAAGACGACAGAAAAAACUGUUUUGGAGUGGCUCAAAGAGCACCAUGACGAUGGAACGAUUCAGUGCCCUAAACAAGCUCGGAUUCAGCUGGGAGAUCAAGACUAAGAAGAACAAGAUCCAAGGAGCCAGACAACAACACAUACACUCUAUGGCAGUACUACCUACAAGCUGA